AUGCCAUUCCAGAACGAUUAUAGGAGGCAGCAUGAUGACGAAAACGAAAAUCAAGGCGCUUCAGACCAUGAAGCAAUAGUUGAAGCAGCUGAACCCUCUGUUGAAACAAACGGCGAGACUUUCAUAGACGAAGAGAGCGUUGAAGAGGAAUUCGAGUAUGAUUAUGCUAUGUCAAUCUCCGAGUUACUAUAUAGUACCUCUUCUUUCUAUGCCAUCGUCGUUCCAGUAACGUGCACCAUGGUCCUUGCAGCCCUUGCGGUUGUGUUUAUUAAUAACGAAGAUACAGUUGAACAAGGAGCGCAACAGAUGGCGCAAGCAUACCAGAUUUUGAAAAUCGACAGUGAAUCUUCCGUUGGAGAAAAUAUUGGUUUUGCAUUAGCAAAUGGGUUGAUUAUGGUCUCAGUGAUCUGUCUCAUGACCUUUGUAAUUGUGAUGCUUUAUCGCUUUGAAUGCAUGAAGUGCUUAAUCGGCUAUAUGAUGCUAUGUUCUACUACGUUGCUUGGAUUCUUGGGAGGUCACAUGUAUUGGGUCGCAAUUCAGAUUUACAGAUUCCCUGUUGAUAAGCUGUCCUAUUUUCUGGUGUUGUGGAAUUUCGCCGCCGUGGGAGUCCUUGCAAUCUUUUUCGGCAGAGGAGUCUCCAAGGGAAUCACUCAAGGAUAUCUCAUCUCGACGUCAGUCAUCUUGGCAUGGCACCUUGACUACUUUGACGAAUAUACAACUUGGACGCUUCUGUUUAUGCUUGCGCUCUACGAUUUGUGCGCUGUCUUGACACCUUGCGGGCCCUUGAAGGCACUUGUGAAUCUAAUGUCUCGUGAUGAUGCUCCAGAGAUGCCUGGUUUGCUAUACGAAGCAGAAUUACCGCCAGAAGCCCGGCGUCCUGGAAGAGCAAAGAGCAGUAAAGACACUUCUCCCAGCAUCAACAAUAGAAUGGCGGAAGGAGUCGAUGGCACCAUCGAGGUUCCGCUUGCAAUAGCAAGAGUGUACAACUUGCCUGUGCUAUCCAUACCAUCUGAAUCCGAAACCAUUUUAGGAACUUUCCAAGCUUCUGCUAAGUCGUCGAACGCACCUUUGCUCAGGACUGAUGAAUCGAAUGGGGUGAACAUUCCAGAAAAUCCAACUCCAGCGCAGCUGAAUUCAAAUGUCGUGAUCCGCUUACCACAGCAGGGAGGUAGAAUCGAGAAAACGAAACGUAGCGGCCAAAUUAUCUUCAUUGAGCGCGAUAGACAUGGCGCUCCAAAGCGAGUCCUAAAUGUUGACCGACUGGGAAGAGUAUUUGCAGAGUCCACGGAGGAUUUCGAAAACGGGGAAACCAGUAACACUAUUCGCCUCGGUCUUGGAGACUUCAUUUUUUACUCUGUGCUUGUCGCGAAGGCAGCUCAGUACAGCUUCACCACAUUUGUCGCAUGUGUACUCGUCAUCCUCGCUGGUCUCGGUGGGACUCUCGUUUUGCUCUCAGUCUUCCAUCAAGCUCUUCCAGCGCUGCCGAUAAGUAUUUGUUUGGGAAUUUUCUUCUACUUCGUGACACGUUUGUUCGUGGAACCAUGGGUGGAAAACAUGCUCAUGAAGCCAUAUUAUGUCUAA